GCGGUGCGGAGCGGGCGGUGCGCCAUGGGGUCCCGCCGCCCGCGGGCCUGACCCGCCGGCCCGGCAUGGCGGGCAUCAUCAAGAAGCAGAUCCUGAAGCACCUCUCCCGGUUUACCAAGAACCUCUCCCCAGACAAAAUCAACCUGAGCACGCUGAAAGGUCAGGGGCAGCUGACCAACCUGGAGCUGGAUGAGGARGUGCUGCAGAAUGUGCUGGAGCUGCCCACCUGGCUCGCCAUCACCCGGGUCUACUGCAACAAGGCCUCCAUCAGGAUCCAGUGGACAAAGCUGAAAACGCACCCAAUCUGCCUGUACCUGGACAAGGUGGAGGUGGAGAUGAGGACGUGUGAGGAGCCUCGGCCGCCCAAUGGACAAUCCCCCAUCGCUCUUGCUGCUGGACAAAGUGAAUAUGGCUUUGCUGAGAAAGUCGUGGAGGGGAUGUUUAUUGUUGUCAAUUCCAUCACCAUCAAGAUUCACUCCAAGGCCUUUCAUGCUUCUUUUGAGCUCUGGCAGCUCCAGGGCUACAGUGUCAACCCCAACUGGCAGCAGAGCGACCUGCGCCUCACCCGCAUCACAGACCCACAGAGGGGAGAGGUUCUGACAUUCAAGGAGCUCACCUGGCAGACCCUGAGGAUAGAGGCAGAUGCCACSGACAAUGGUGACCAGGAUCCUAUCACUACUCCUCUGAGACUCAUCACCAACCAGGGGAGGAUCCAAAUCUCUCUCAAGAGAAGGACCAAAGAUUGCAACGUGGUGGCCUCCAAGCUGAUGUUUCUGYUGGAUGACCUGCUCUGGGUGCUGACAGACUCUCAGUUAAAAGCAAUGAUGAAAUAUGCUGAGUCUCUGAGUGAAGCCAUGGAGAAAUCUGCUCAGCAGAGGAAAAGCCUGGCACCAGAGGCUGUACAGGUCACCCCCCCUGCUCCCAGUGCCCAGCAGUCCUGGGCUCAGCCCUUYGGAGCCGCCCCCAACGCCAGCAGCAUCGGGCAGUACUUUGACAAACACGACAUGAAGGAGUCCUCCUACCACCUCCUCAUCUCCCGCCUGGACCUGCACAUCUGCGAUGACAGCCACACCCGUGAGGCAGGUGCUUUGAARCAUGGGAUGCUGGGAGGUGCCAUCCAGCUGACCUUCAGGAGGAUGGCUUUUGAUUAUUAUCCUUUCCACAGGGCAGGAGACGCCUGCAAGCAUUGGGUGCGGUACAGUGAAGCAAUGGAGACACGGGGACAGUGGGCAAAGAAGUUGGUCAGUGAAUUUCAAAGCAAGAUGGAGAAGUUUUAUGAAGAAACAGACCCUGUGUUUGGCAGGACUCCACUUUCCCCCUUCAAAAAGAAACCAGAGCCUCCCCAGAGUCCCCAGAAGAGCCCCCCGGAGAAGGGCCGGGCUCCYCCCACGAGCCUCCCGCGGCUGCGGCACCCGCCCUGGCACCGGCUGCGCUCCAGCUGCGUGGUGGUGCGAGUGGAUGACCUGGAUGUGCACCAGGUUUCUACAGCUGGGCAACAAAGUAAGAAACCUUCCACCUUGCUUUCAUGUAGCAGGAAAAUCUUCAAACUCCCUGAUCAAGUGUCUGCAAUCCAUAUUGAAUUCACAGAAUAUUACUUCCCUGACAAUCAGGACUUUCCAGUUCCAUGCCCAAACCUGUACGUGCAGCUGAACGGCCUGAUGCUCACCCUGGACACACCAAGUGUGCUCUGGAUAAACCUCUUCUGCCUGGAUCUCUGCCGCAGCCUGGAGCAGUUCAAAGCCAUCUACAARCUGGAGGACUCAGGAAAGAGGGAUGAGCACGUGGAUGUCCGGCUGGAUGGCUUCAGGCUGAAGCUCAACAUCCCCGUGGAUAAGAAAGUCACGGACCACCGGGACCGGCCGCAGGCUCUCUGUGUUUGCAUGUCGGAGGUGACGGCCACCAACACCCGCCACGCUCCGUCCUGCAGCUGCCAGGACCUGCAGAGCCUCUUCCGUGAAUUUGCGGGAUCGCAGUUCUUCCACUCCAGCUACGCCGAGUUCCCCCGGGCACGGGACAGAUUUGGCCUCCUGCACACUCUGUUCCUGCGCCACGCCUACCAGGUGGAUGAGCGGCCACACCAGCGGCCAGGCUUUCCCCAGCUGCCUCACAAAACCUCUGCCUCUGAGGAUCUGUGGUCUGUGAAUUUCACUGAGCUCUCCCUGGGCUUCGAGGGGGCCGAAAGCUCCAAGGGCAGARCCCUUAGYUUUAUUGACCCUUUUCCUCUUUCURUAUGGGCCUGCCUGCCCAAGARGUGGGGGCAAGCUCAGAUGUCUAAACGACAGGAGCUGGCCACCUCUGAGGUGAAAAUCAAGCCUUCUGCCAGUUUUAGCAACCACUCCAAGAAUGAGAACCUUUCCAGAGAACACGGUGUUUGUCAGAGAUCAAAGACUGAUCAGGAUCUGAAGAAUAUCUACAAGGCUGCAGACACAAUGGAUGUUUUGGGAGAAUCUGACUAUGAAGUUGAUGAUGGAGUUGACAGUAAAGAGCUGGAAACCUCUGCUGAUAUCCACGUGCUCAUGUCCUCCUCUGUCCAUGUCAAAGUUCGGCUCAACCACUACCAGUACUUGGUGCUGCUCAGGAUGAAGGAAGUUCUGCAAACUCUACAGGAGCAGCUGGCCCAAGAUACCCAGGAAAUGACUGGGUCUCCUUUAGAUUCCAUGUCUGCUUGUGUGGGAGUUAUGUUCCACAGUGCUGAGGUGGCCCUGCUCAUGAGCCCUGCUCCAGGGUCUGUCCUGGAACCCAGAUCUCUGGACUCAGACACAACCAGCCUGAUUGAGUCYGAGCUCUCGCCUUCAGACAGCAAGGAGGGGCUGGCAGCUGAAGAGAAGGAGCUGAAAUCAGAGAGCAGUUCAGAGAAGGGCUUGGGCAGCACCUCAGAGCUGCCAGUGGACAGCGGGAGCCAGGACACGGGUGCCACUGUCCCCCUGGAGAGGCUCCCGAGAUCGGCGAGCGAUGGAGCUCUGAGCGCAGCUGCCCGUGGUAAGGGCGCGGAGGAGAAAGGCUUGGUGGAGGAAGCACACGAAGCUGUGGAAGCCCUGGCUGCAGAAACACCAGCAGAGACCAGCAGCCACCCUCAGAGCUCCCCUGCUCUCCCUUCCAGCCCAGCCUCGGACACGCAGCCCUCGGGCAGAGGAGGAGUUGCCCUCAAUGGCCAGGCUGAGCUCAUCCCGCUGCGGAACAUCGAGGUGGAGCUCUCCAGCGCCCUGCACAUCACCAAGGACGCCACCAAGGAGGCAUUGCACGCCACCAUGGACCUCACCAAGGAGGCCAUGUCCCUCACCAAGGAUGCCCUGAGCCUGAGCCGAGACAAGAUGACCUCCACCAUGCAGAGGAUGCUCUCCCUGCCUCCGGCCAGGGAUUCCAUGCCCAAGGCAGAGGAGGGAGCAGUGACCCCAGGCGGGGCGGGCGGGGGCCGGAUGCGUUUUUUCUCCAUGAAGAGAACCUCAUCCCAGCAUUCCUUUGACACCACAUCCGUGGAUGGCAGCGGCCCYGAGGACGGGCUGUCCGUGGACAGCGACGGCAGCGAUGGCUUYGUGAUGCUCACAGACUCUGAACCCAGCCUGGACCCUCUUCCUUCAGGGCAGCUUCCCCAGGCCCACAAUGACACGGGCAGCAGAAGCAGCCUGGUGGCAGAGGACGAGGGUGGCGCRUCUCCCGAGGCAAACAGCUCCACAUCCCAGAGUGAAGACCCCAGUUUGCAGCUGGUGUCUGUCCUCGUGCUGAAGAUGAACGAUGUGAACUGUGCAAUCGAGGUGCAGGGGGAUGAUUUGUCUGUGGCUCUGCAAGUUAUGAGAGUCAUUCCAGAGCAGCUCAACAACGUGGGGAUGUGGCAGUUUCUGCGUGGCUACGUGGCCCUAGGGGAUCCAGGUGUGGAGAAGCCCACAAGCCCUGAGCCCAUCCAGCCCCAUCCCGAGGUGUGCCUGCGCCUGGAGUCGGGGCCGAGCGCGGCCGCUCACUCCCCGCUGGCCGAGCGCAACGGAUUCCUGCGGAUGCUGCUCCGCAGCCUCUCCACGGAGCUCUGCAUGUCCUGCCUCACCAGCCUGGGACCCUUCCUGGAGGAUGAGAUCAUCCCAGAGGUGAUCCCCAUGGAGAUAGAGGUGGUGGAUGCCAAAAUCACGUUGAAGGAUGACAGCACCCCAGUGUAUCCCACCUCCCCUGGGCCUGUCCCCAUCACUUUGGCAAUGGAUCAUGUCGUGGUGAGGCGCAAGGAUGACGGCAUCUUCUAUCUCACAGCUUCCCAGGGGAAGGACUCACCAAAACAGGAAAAACCUGUGUCAGUCCCUGAGGAGCAGAAGGCCCCAGCAGAGUCUGUCUCAGCAGCCCCAGCAGCAGGAACACGUGGCCUGCAGCUCAAGCAAGUGCCAGAGUUGCAAAGGGAGCUCCAGACCAUGAAACUGGCCCUGGCAGAAGCCAACAUGGACAAGGCUCGUCUUCUGCAGGAGAUCAGGAAAUACAACCCCCUGUUCCAGCUCUGACGGUGCCGGCACUGCCGGGGACAGGGGACCAGCACCAGCACCAACGGGGCAGGUUUGGUCUUUUUGCUGCCAAACGGGUCCAACUGCCAGACUGAGACCAGCUGGGACUGCAGAGGACUCUGGACAGGGAGGGAGGGAGGCCUGGCUGGGACAAAUGGRAGGAAUAAGGAGUUUUCUGUGUUCUGGCCUGGGAGUGCUGCUCUGAGCCAGGGCAUGGUCAGCCURCAAACACCAGGUCACAUGUUGGGGCAACACCCYGUGUGUCCUCAUCUGUGGGUGGCUYCCAGCCUCCACCUUUUAUGGUGACAUCUGGAGAUGGUCUGUGUUGGGGUUUCUGUSGCUUUCACCCUUCCUUGUUGUGUUUUUGCCCAGUUGUGCUCACCUGGGGCCACAGCAGGAGCAGGGUGGUCACUUCAGCACUUCAGGCAGUGGCAGGACAGGGGUGGCAGGAAGGGUCAGGGCUCUGCUGGGAGAGCAGGGCUGCUUUCACCUGGAAACAGAUGGGAUUUCCCACUGUGGAGUGAAGGCACACAGUUCACUAUUCCCUCAAGAACAGGAUCAGGAUAGUAAAUGAACUUCUUCAGAUUUCCACUUUUCCACAAAUUUAAAUCCACAGAUUUACUUUUCCAAGUAAUUCUGAGCAUAGAGAUGGAUCCAGCAUAUGAGACUUAGUCCAGUUCAUUCCCACUUUAUCCCACAAUGUUUGGCUUUAUGGGUGCAGAAACAUAAAGGAAUGAAUUCCUUACAAGGCACUGUAAGUUCACUAUCAAAGAACAGGGUGAGGGAAGUUGGUUCAGUGUCAGGAGAUGACCUGGGUGUUUUUUGGGAUGCACCUUGUCUGUGUGCCUGAGUUCCCCAGUGGGGAAGGGGAGCAGCUGUGGGGUUUUCAGCACUGGGUGGAAUCUCUCAGCAGGGCUGAGGGGUUACCUGGGGUGGGACACGUUCCAGAACCAUCUGCCAGCCCUUUUCCCAAAAGGAAGACACUGGAACACACCUGUGAGCACCACUGGGAACUGCCCAGAGUCCACGAGCAGAAGUUGGAUUUUGUUUCACCAAACCUUUGUGCUGCUCCCUCUCCCUGUGGGGAGCAAAAGCUCUGAGAACUGCUUGCCUGAGGUGGAAUGUCACGGUAUUCCCGCUUUUUCUUCAUUAAUUGCUUGAAAAUGGGAGGUUUCUCUUCUGCUUUUUUUCCAAUUUUCAUGUUUUGUGUGAGUAGGGGAAGGAAUAGGGGAAGGAAUAGGGUGCCACGGGUUUGCCCAGCCCUGGUGCCCACCUGCAGGGUCCCACAGCUCCUCCCACGUGUGCAGGCUGAGCACAACUGGAGGCAGAUUGUUUACAGCAAAUUCCUUGCUCCAGCAGCUUCAGCCAAUGGGUUUUGUUGAAGAAUUCAAGCAUUUCCUUUGCUUUCAAGUCCCAGCAGAAAGGACUGUACUCAAAACCCCCACAGGUGGGAGGACAAAACCUCCUGGGUCCCCACAGAUCGUAAAUAUCAAAGUUUACUUCAUGGAGCCUCUUAUUUAAGGAUUCUUCCUCUGUUCCAGUGGGAGCCCAGGGAGUCCUGCCUGGCUCAGGUGCCUCAGCACCUCUCACAGGGGCAGGAGCAGCUCCCAGGGCCCCUGGAAGGGGACAGGGGCAAUGUGCAAAUCKGAACUUGAAUUUGAAUUUUAGGCAGUAUUGCAACUUUGCUGCAGUUUGUUUUCACUGAUGCAUUUAUUGGUUCUAUGAACCUCGAGCGGAAUUAAACUCAUUAACCUCC